AUGGAUAUAGAUAAUGCUGCAUCAGAGGGCCCCGUAACGGGAAACGGGGUCAUUGAUAUAGAACAAUCGUUUUUGCAACAAUUCAGCUGCAUGGGCACCACAGACAGGGAGGAAUUGAUCCAGCAAUUGCAGAAGCUCCUUGGAAGCCAACUGAAUUACUCUACGGCUGCGUUUUUCUUGGACAUGAACAAUUGGAAUUUACAAGCGGCAGUAUGUGCUUACUUUGAUUGCGAAAAUCCCACUCCUUUGCCCCAAAUGAAGCUGGUCGCAGAUCCGUUCGCUAACGAAAACGAAAGCCUAGAACCCAACACAAGAUUUAAGAAGUCCUGGCAUAUCUCGAACAGCGGCAACGAAAGGUGGCCAGUAAACUGUUUUGCCCAGUGCUCCGACGGUUACAAUUUAGGCGGAGGCAGGGUGCCUGUACCGUGCUUGAACCCCGGCGAAGGUUUCCAUCUAACCGUAGAAAUGGUCGGGCCUCCGGUGCCCGGUAUUUAUCAAAGCAAAUGGAGACUGUGCACAUCGAAAGGUUCCUAUUUCGGCGAUCCGAUGUGGGUGAUCGUGACGGUAGUCGAAGAAGGUGCUGUUGCUCUGACGAAUCAAUUGUCCCAUUUCAACGAAUUGGGGGCUUCCUUAUCGGCGAACAAUUCUUACAAUCCGUUUUCGCCUAAUCAGAUCCACAUAGGAAAUAACCAGGAUGUGGCACCUCCAGAUGGGCAAAGGGAUUCUUCGAUGAUCUAG